UCUCUCUUCUUUUCCCAACAGUCUCUCUCUAUAAACCAAAGAAAAUAAAAAUCCCCCUUUCUCUCUCUCUCUCUCAGGAAACGUCGUCUUAGGGUUUCAAGAAAAUUCGCAGUCAAAUUCUACUCAUCUCCCGAAGAAUCAAUCCUCCAAACUUAUUUAAUCUUCUUAUCUCGAAGCUUCUCAAUCUCCCGAUACGAGUUUCUUCCCUUGCCGCUUCAGAUCGAGCUCGAAUCUCGCUUCCUGAUUCUCUGGUUCGGAUUCUCUUCAGGCAUAGAGAGUAAGUUAAUGAUGGAAGUUAAUCAUCACUAAGACCAUAUAAUCUCCUUCAAGCAGAUCAAUGGAUUCAUCCAUUAAGAUCAACUCGAUAUCCAUAGAUCUCGCAGGCGCUACCAACGAGAUUAAUAUGGUAAAAUGUGAUCAUUUCUCCAUACGUGGAUUCGCAGCUGAAACGCGUGAGAGAGACCAUAGAAGAUGUUGGCCGUUCUCGGAGGGGAACCAUGAAAGCUAUCCCCUUCCUUCUUUAUCAGUUCCAAAGUUUAGAUGGUGGCGUUGUCUGAGCUGCAUCAAAGAUAUCAAUGCUGAUGUAACAAAAGGACAUGCAAACUUAACAAGUAUAAGUGGGGAAAAGCUAGAUGGAAUCUCUUCGGUUAUCAUCCCUAGUAUAACCAAUUUGAAUCCGCUAACUAUCACUAAUCAGGAGGAAGAAAGGGAAAAUGAUAUUGCAGGUAAUGCUGUUGUGGAGAAUGAGGAUGUAAACUGUGAAAGAUCUCAGAAGGAUGAUCAGACAGUUGCAGCUACUACGUUAGUCAAGAAAGUCCAUCCUCCAUCUAUGGAUGAUGCUUCUACAGUUAGGAGAAAGAUGAGAAAGCUAACGAGUGGACAACAAGUAGGCAACAAGAGAUCUAAAGUAAGCAAAUCAUCAACGGGUACAAGCAGCUGGAAAGAGAAGCAACAAAACGUGACAACUUUUGCGUCAUCAGAGAUAGCUGGUGUGGUUGAUGAUACACCACCAAAGGCAAUCAAGAAUCAUAAAGACGACAAAGUGUCAUCAGAGAGUUUAAAUCUUGGGUUUCAGCGUAGGAAAACUCGCAAGGUUCGUCUACUCAGCGAGCUUAUUGUUGACCCCGAGACCAAAGCUAGUGGUGGUAGUAACAACAAUAUCAGACAAGAAGAGUCUUCUUCUUCCAAGGGUAGAGGUAGAAAAAGAAAGGUACCACUUGAAAACAACUAUGUAAGCCGGAAACUAAGCACAGCGGGCGCAACUUCUGAUCAAGGUGAUAGUGAUUCAACAGAUAGUGGGUUUGACAUUAGGGGUAAGAAGAAGAACAGAAGAUUCCAAGUUGUUGACGAGUUUGUACCAUCUCAAGAGGGAAGCCAUGAGAAUGAUGCUGGUCCUAGUAAGAAUGCUUUAACAACUCAUGGUCCUCAGAGAACAGAGAAUAAGAUCAGGAAGAAGAAAACGAAGCCUGUAAUGGAUAAAGAGAAGAGUAGCCUGAUCAGUUUUAGUUCCGGUCCUUCUAUAAACGCAAGCUCCAAAUCUACUCAAGAUCCAUUGAUGAAUGCGAAAAGGGUGGGCGGUUCACUUGAUGAACGUUUAGCUGCAGAAGGGUAUUUCAGGAAACCUAUCCCUCCUCAGGUUAAUGAUAGGCCAGUCACUUCUUUGCAUGUGCCAGAGAAUGUACAUGUGAGACCAAGAGGUGCAGAAGGAAACUGUCUUCAAGAGUGUGGUUCCUCUUCUAAGUCCAACACAGGUGGAUGGUUGAGAACUGUAGUGGAUGCUGUUGACUUCAGCCUUAACAACAACAACAACAAUACAGACAAAGGCCUUGCAGAUCUAUCUUCUGUGCUGCAAAAGGAUGAUGCUUCUGGUUCAGACAAGAAAGGGAAGAGAAUAAUGGUCCAAGAACAUCAAGGAGCAAAAAGCCAUGAUAGAAAGGAGAACACACCUGAAGAGCAAAACGAUGAUAUCACCUUGGAGAUAGCCGAGCUCAUGGCUAAAAACCAAUACGAGAGGUGUCUCCCAGACAAAGAAGAAGACGUCAGCAACAACAAGCAGCCACAACAAGAAGAUACAGCACAGAGAUCCAAGAACGCUCUACUGAUUGAUCUUAAUGAAACCUAUGAUAAUCAUGAGACCUCACUGGAGGCUAACAACAACAACAACAACACAUUAAAACCGCAGCAGAAACCUCUAGACUUCUUCCCAUUAAGACAGCCUUAUGUGCCUUCUCCGUUUGGUAUCUUUCCUCCUACUCAAGAGAACCGAUCUAACUCCAUCCGGUUUUCUUCUGGUCACAAUUGGCUUGGGAAUGUGCCAGCUAUGGCUAACCAGCACCCAUCUUCUUCUUCCUCAUAUAGAGUAUUACGUGGGUGUAACACAUGCUACCAGAGUGUUCCGCAUCAGUACAGAGAACCACCAUCUUCUCAUGUUUCUCAUCCAAGCUGGCCACCACCUUCCAUGGUGAGACCACAGUGUCAUCCUCCUACACCAGUUUCUUUCAACAUGGAUCAUCAGUCAACGAGGCUUGGCUCCAGCAAUAACAACAAUACGUGGAACCUCAACUUUGUUGCUGCUCCCAACGGUAAGCAAAGAUGUGAUGGUACUAGAUCAGUGGACGCCUAUUCUAACGAGAGCUCUAUACCGGCAUUGAAUCUGCUCAGCCUUAUGGAUCCUAGGUUGAGAUCAAACGCUCCAGCUGAGCACCAAGGGAACACUAACUUCACUAGAAGACAUUUUCCACCGUCUAAGGAACGUGUAGGGCUUGAAACAGGGAACUCUAGUAAGACAGCAGCUUACACAACUAAGCAGCAGUCUCCUUUCAAUUUUUACAGCAAUGGAUUCGCUCCUGAGGCUUCUCGCAAGAGUUUCCCUCUCGGUCCACCACUUGGUACGUCUUCGUUUUCGUUUCAAAACGCACAAACUCCAUGGAGUAGCCAUCAUCAUCAACAUCAUCAUCAGCAAGAGAAGAUAAACAAGGUGUUUCCUAGCAGCAAUGACCAAGGGAGAUUCCAGCUUCUCAGGGGAUCUAACUCCAUGAAGCUCCCUUUGAAAACUCACGUGACAGAGAAAGAAAUGAACCAAAAGAGAAAAGCAGAGAGUUCCAGUAAUGUUUCUGCGUUACCUCAGAAGAACAGUUCCGGGUCCAUUGUGUGUAGUGUGAAUAAAAACCCUGCUGAUUUCACCAUCCCUGAACCUGGGAAUGUUUACAUGAUAACGAGUGAGAAUCUUAAGGUGAGAAAACGUGCACCCUACAAGACAAAAGCAAGUUUGUGCAAGGAGGAUGCAAUGAAGCAGACUAAAAAGACAGUUGGUCCAGUUACAGAAAAUGCCUAGAGAUUCAUACAAACGUGAAAGAGAUUUCUUCAGAUACUGAGGGAGAGGGAAGCAAAAGAGACACAAGUUCUGUUUAAAUCAAUAAUAAGUCAGAAAAGAAACAGUAAAGCGAAUCUUCUCAGUUCCUCUUGUUCUUGAAUACACAUCUCUUUUUUACUUGUGCUUGGUAACAUUCAGCGUGUGUAUAUUCCUUCAAAUGACUGUACUACCCCUACUAGGCGUUGUUGUCGUGUGUGUGUUUUUUUUUAAUCUUUGGGAGGAUAUUUUUGUACGCUCUUUUAUUUAUACAGUCGUAUUUAUACCAGUUGCAGUGUUCUUUUUCGGUCUAAAUGUUACCGUUAGAGCCGGUAUGAAUUGUCUUUUUUACAGUGUCAGCUUUGUCAACG